UACCGUUGUCAAAUAUUUGACAUGGCCCGUGUGAGGAAGAGAGAGAGUGAAAAGAGAUAGCGAAAGAGAGCGAGUUGAGAGUGGAGUAUAUAAGCAGAGUUUUCUGAAAUAACUUUUGCUAAGCUAAAUAAAAACGGACUCCUAGCUGCCUGCCAAACCUCGUAUCCCCACUUAAAUAUACUGAAGGAUACAUCCCAACAUGCACAGCCCAAACUACAGCAAAACAAUAGGAGUGUGUCUGGUUUCUAUGAUUCUUGCACAUCAGUUGUGUGCUAGUCCCAUUGGAAGCCUUGAUUCAGUGCUAAGCGUCCACCAGGGUACCAAGACCCUGGAACGGAAAGCCCGCACCCCUCUGUGGAGGUUCAUAGGUACCAAGCCCAUGGGGGCAUACUGCCGAGACCAUUUUGAGUGCUCAACCCAAAUCUGCAGAAGGGGUCACUGCGCUCUCAGUCAUGCGGAUCAUUCCUAGACGUGGAGGAGCCAGAGGGUACUUCUCCCCAAACCGAAGACUUACUAACGCCUUCACACAGUGAAUUCAUCAAUCCUGUCAGGAAACUUUAAAGACAUGGUGAAGCCUAUCAAAGUGCAAACUGUUUUUAUAAUAUUUUUUAUGAAGGCCUGGGAUUUAAUGUUUUGAAAAUGUCUUUCUCAAAUUGGGGUAUAGUCAACUUACAUGACCUUAAAUAGCACUUUAACUUAUAUUUCAAAAUACGUACUGUAUAAUGCUCCAUCUCAAAACAGUGAUCACCAGUCAACAUUAUAUUUUUCACUAUGUUUUUGGUAACCUUUACGACAGGGCGAAAUUGACAUUUAGCAUGCAACAUUUUCUGAUAGGAAGAGUGUACUUAGAAUAUGAACCUUUCAUCGAUGUACUGUUCAUAUAGGCUACGUUAAUGUACUGUAACAAUUUUUGCUUACUCAGGUCAUUUUGGGAUUGUCCAUAGAAAUUCUAUUAUCAAGAAGCAUAACGUCCCAUGGAUUUGAAAAAGAAAUAACGCACCAGUGAUUUUCUCCCAAAUGAAAGCAAUAGAUAAAUAUUUGUUUAUGAGCAUAUUGUAAAGUCAAUGUGUCUGUCCACAUGCAACCUGUUCCACUAAAGAAGACAAACUAAAAGUUGCAAAAAUAAAAGAAACCUUCUGCUAA